AUGGCGUCCGAUCCCAAGCCUCCAUCAAUAGGCGAGUCGCUCUCCGCUCAGCCUAGUCGCACCAUCUUUAUCUCCAAAGACCUUCGCGACCCGCUGCACGUGCUGCGAUGCGGACUCGCGGCGUACAUGCCGAAAGGAUCGCUACCCACCUACUCCGACCUUUUCCUCCUCCUCAUCGAAGCCGCGCCGCACCUCGUCGAGAGACUCUUCGUUGGCGCCGCUGUCGCUGGAGACAACGCUGACGUGGCAAUUUCCAACGCUCGUGAGAAUCUUGCCCAGCUCGUCAGAAAGGCUAGACGCGUCAGCACCCCCUUGACCCAGGCCCACCCACCAGCAGGCCAGUCAACCGUAUUCCACCCAGGUCAAUUCCAGUCUUUUCCAGGCCAAUUACCAGGCAGCAGCAGCAGCAGGAGCAAUCCGUACUUUAACUUCGUUCCAGGCCAAGUACCAGGCAGCAGCAACAGUAACCCAUACUUCAAUUUCACACGAGGCCAAGUACCAGGUAGCAGCAACAGCAGCAAUCCAUACUUCAACUUCAUGCCAGGCCAAGUCCCAGGUAACAGCAACAGCAACCCAUACUACAAUGUCGCGCCAGGCGUGCAGCAGAAGGCUGCGCCUAGGAGAGGAAGGGCGAGCAGGAGGAAGAAGACGGGAGCAAGUAUUGAGGACGACGAGUCUGACGGUUACCAGCCUGUGACUUUCCGGCUCCCGAAUGUUCUUGAGAUCAUGGCCGUUGAUCCAGCAGCUGUGGACGGACUGGAUUUUUCCAAGUCGAAGAUCGAAUCUUCUUCAAAGAUGCCGGCGAAGGAUCCGCCAGGCAGUCCUACCAAGUCCAGGAGCAUCACCAAGACGGUAAAUGGCAGCCAUCAGUUCAACAUCACCGGCUACUCCCUCGCCAAGGGCAUGGGAGUCGGCAAAUACAUGUCCAGCGACACGUUUACCGUUGGAGGCUUCAAAUGGGCUAUUUACUUUUACCCGGACGGGAAGAACGCGGAGGAUAACUCGCAGUACGUUUCGCUCUUCAUCGCGCUUGCGAGCGAGGGGACGGACGUCCGUGCGUUGUUCGAGCUGACGAUGCUGGAUCAAAGCGGACGGGGUCGCCAUAAAGUCCAUUCGCACUUCGACCGCGCGCUUGAAUCUGGACCGUACACGCUCAAGUACCGAGGAUCUAUGUGGGGUUACAAGCGGUUCUUCCGGCGAGCGACGUUAGAGACGUCGGAUUAUCUCAAGGACGACACGCUACAGAUCACGUGCACGGUCGGAGUUGUUGUGACUGAAACGGAGGGUCCGAAGCAGCCGGUGUCGAUACCUAUUCCGCCGUCGCAGAUGGGGAAGGAUUACGAGGUGCUCCUGUACUCGGGCGAGGGAUGCGAUGUAACGUUCGACGUCGGAGAUGAAACGGUGUCCGCUCAUAGAGUCAUCCUCGCCGCGCGCUCGCCAGUCUUGAAGGCUUUACUGUACGGACCCAUGCGGGACAGGCGGGAGGGUAACAUCCCCGUUACAGACAUCGAGGCUCCGGUGUUUAAAGCUCUCCUCCAUUUCAUCUACACCGACGAUCUCCCAAGCUCGGGACCGUCCGCUUUCACGCCAAUCAUGGCGCAGCAUCUGCUCGCGGCUGCGGACCGCUACGCCUUAGACCGGCUGCGAUUAAUCUGCGAGUCGAAGCUGUGCGAGACGGUGGAUGCGGAUACGGUCGCUACGACGCUGGCUCUGGCGGAGCAGCACAACGCGAAGCGGCUCAAGAACGUGUGCCUGCAAUUCGCGGCGCAGAACCUCUCUAGUGUGAUCAAAUCAGAAGGCUUUGAGCAUCUACGAAUCAGCUGUCCUUCCCUCCAGGCGGAGCUGCUACAGGCUGUAGCAGGCGUGGGAAACAACAGUGAAAUCCUUGCUACAAGGAGGCCCGCGGAUUCCAUGUGGGUUGAGGAUUCGAAUGCUGAUGGGACUGACCCUACAGGGAGGAGAGUCAGGCUCAGGUUGGGGAAUUUGUAA